ACCAAUCAUGCUGGCUAACUUGAAAGUGCUUUUAUUAAACCCACCUAAAAUUUCACACCACCCUCCAUUCUUAUAACCAUCUAUCUAUGUCUCCUCCAUUCUUAUAAUAAUCACCUCCACCAAUUCCUUCUUUAAUUUUCCCCUCUCAUUCCAAAUCAAAAUGACUUCCUCUCUCUUUUCAUCCUCUGCCUCUCUUUCUACUUACUACCAUCUCAUCUUCACAGUCUUGGCCUUUCUCUUAUCAGCCCUUAUUUUCUUCCUCACACAAAAAACCAAAUCCAAACACCAUAACCUUCCACCAGGUCCACAAGGAUGGCCUGUUGUUGGCAACCUUUUCCAAGUUGCGCGUUCCGGCAAACAAUUCCAAGAUUAUGUGAAAGAUAUGAAAGCAAAAUAUGGCUCAAUCUUCACACUCAAGAUGGGAACAAGGACAAUGAUCAUCAUCACAGAUGCAAAACUUGUGCAUGAAGCUUUCAUUCAAAAGGGUGCUCUCUAUGCAUCUAGACCACCUGAGAAUCCAACAAGGAACAUAUUCAGUGCAAACAAGUUCACUGUGAAUGCUGCAGUUUAUGGUCCUGUUUGGAAAUCACUAAGAAGAAACAUGGUUCAGAACAUGCUGAGUUCAACUAGACUCAAGGAGUUUAAAAGUGUUAGAGACAAAGCAAUGGAUAAACUCAUCAAUAGGCUUAAAGUUAAUGCUGAGAAUAACAAUGGCGUUGUUAUUGUUGUCAGAGAUGCAAGGUUUGCUGUUUUUUGCAUACUUGUUGUUAUGUGUUUUGGUUUAGAAAUGGAUGAAGAAAAACUUGAGAGAAUAGAUCAAGUUAUGAAGAAUGUCCUAAUCACUUUAGAUCCAAGAAUUGAUGACUUUUUACCAAUCCUAAGCGUGUUUUUCUCUAAACAAAGAAAGAGAGCUUUGGAAGUUCGCAAAGAACAAGUCGAAUUCCUAGUUCCUUUCAUUGAACAAAGAAGGAGAGCAUUUCAAAACCCUGGUUCAGAUCAAACAGCUACAACAUUUUCAUACUUAGACACACUUUUUGAUAUCAAAGUUCAUGAAGGUAAGAAAUCAACACCUUCUAAUGAAGAAUUGGUUUCACUUAUCUCAGAGUUUCUGAAUGGAGGAACAGAUACAACAGCUACUGCUGUUGAAUGGGGAAUUGCACAACUCAUUGACAACCCUGAAAUUCAAGCAAAACUUUAUCAAGAAAUUAAUAGUAUAGUUGGAGAUAAGAAAGUAGAAGAAAAAGAUGUUGAGAAAAUGCCUUAUUUACAAGCUGUGGUGAAAGAGUUAUUAAGGAAGCAUCCACCAACACAUUUUGUACUAACACAUGCUGUUACUGAACCUACCACAUUAGGAGGUUAUGAUAUACCAAUUGAUGCAAAUGUUGAGGUAUAUACAGCUGGCAUAGGUGAGGACCCUAAAUUAUGGUCCAACCCUGAAAAGUUUGAUCCUGAAAGGUUUCUUUCUAAGGGUGAGGAAGCUGAUAUAACUGGUGUUACAGGAGUAAAAAUGAUGCCAUUUGGUGUUGGGAGAAGGAUUUGUCCUGGUUUGGCUAUUGGUACUGUGCAUAUUCAUUUGAUGUUGGCUAGGAUGGUUCAAGAGUUUGAAUGGAGUGCUUAUCCACCAGGGAAGAAGAUAGAUUUCUCUGGAAAGAUGGAGUUUACUGUUGUGAUGAAGGAGUCUUUAAGAGCAAAAAUCAAGCCAAGAGGAGAAACUUUGAAGUAGUUGUAUAAUUUUUCUUUGUUAGUUCUGGUUGUUUGGUUUGUUUCUUCUACAAAGAUUUACAUAUACAUCAUGUAAUAAUUACUUAUGUAUUUUGUUGUGUGAUCUUAACUAGUAAUCUUGUUUGUUUUAGAGCUGUCAUAAUUGUAUCUUAUUAUAAAUAAACGAAUUAAUUAAAGAAUUCA